AUGAAGAUGGAGUACACCAGCUACCUCAAUAAUGCAACGGACUCACCCGCGAAGCAGAGAUCAGAAGUCAACAUCCCGCUGGAGUUUGACAAGCGUAAUGAGUUUUUCAUCAGCCCGACAUCGCGCAAGUACGACAAGCAAUAUUUCUCCAUGUAUCAAUACCGACUCACUCAUUUGAAGAAACGGGUCAUUGCCAACGCCAUGAAGAAAUGGGGGCACGAGAAACGUAAAGUCGACGGCCAGACCAUAGUCAAGCAGGACAAGAUCUUGGAUAUCAAAAGCGGCCAACUCUGCUGGGUUGUGGGCACGGUGUUUUGCGACGCCAAGUACAAGUUGAACAUCUUGAGCGAUGUCGAUAAGGGCACCGACGACGUGUUGCCGCUUAUUCCCGUGAGCUACGUCGAUAACGAGGAGCAGCCGGUGGUGAUGCUUGAAGACGAGUCGGGGCGUGCAGUGCUACACAAUGAAGUCUUCCUCAAGAAGAACUUGUUGGUGACGGGCUGCAUUGUGGCGGUCUUGGGGAUCGAGAUCCAAGCUGGUAUAUUUGAGAUCAUGGACGUGGUGUACCCCGAGUGUGCGCCGCAAACGCCGCUUCCUCCAAAAACACAAGCUACACCGACGAAGAAUAAAAAGGUACAGAGCAAGAAGAUUGCAAUUGUGUCGGGGUUGAACAUCGGCUUGGAUGCGCAUUACGACAUGAAACUCGAGCUUUUGAAACAGUACCUCACAGGCGAACUCGGCUCCGAGCAAGAACAAGAACUCGCAGCGUCAAUCUCGCGUCUCAUCAUCGCAGGAAACUCUAUCGAGCCCAUACGCAACAUCACCGCCGAGGAAGACUUGAAAAACUACAUCACAACCAACAACUACGGCUCCAAAAACAUCCCCAAGUUCACCACGGAAUCCUUGCAGCAGCUCGACCACUUCAUCAACGAGAUCAUCACCAGCUUGCCCGUUUCCGUCAUGCCGGGCGAAAACGACCCUGCCGAGAUCUGCUGGCCCCAGCAACAACUCCACAAGUCGCUCUUCAAAUCCAACCUGAGCAUAGUGGGGUCCGACCGCUUGCAACGGCUAACCAACCCCGUCUGGCUCGAAAUCGAGGGCGUGCACAUCUUGGGCACCUCGGGCGAAAACGUAGCCGACGUGAAGAAGUACGCCUCUGGCACUGUCGACACGAUGCAAAUCAUGCACGCGAGCAUGAAAUGGCAGAACUUUGUGCCCACGGCCCCGGACACAUUAUACUGUUACCCUUAUGAUGAAUACGACCCGUUUAUCUUUGUGCUGGAGUUGCCGCAUGUGUAUUUUGUCGGGAAUCAGGACAAGUUCGAGGUGGAGACGUAUGUGUGCGAGCACUCUGGGGCGCGGGUGGUUUUGGUUAGCGUUCCUGAGUUUAAAAAGAGCAAAGAGGUGGUUAUUUUUGAUUUGGACGAGUUGACGGGCGAGGUAGUUAGGUUUGAGGUGUGA